AUGGAGGUGCGCGAACCACGCGCCAAAGCGCGAUUGUCAGAGGCGUUGGCCACGGGCCAAUGCCUAAAACCAGAGCAGUUGAAACGGCUUUUUGGUGACCAGGGCCUGGAGGUCCUUUACGCCAAUGUCAAGAAGAACGACCAGGGUGAAAUCCCUGCGGAUCAGCUUAUCGAAUGGCUCUACGGGGAAGGUCAAGGUGCCAAAAUGCUGCCCAGCGCACCUCACUUGGAGGUGCCACGUGCCACAACGGCUGCUGCUGCUGCUGCUGGUGGGGAUAGUCCCAGUGCAAAGUCGGGGUCAUUCAGCCCUAGACAUUGCCGAACAGAGCAGGACGUGGAAAAAUUUGGGAUCCUGAUGGAGAAGAGCAAAACCCAGGAAGCGAUGGCGGAGUAUAAAGCCAUGGCCAGGGACCUGGCUGAAGAGUUCCAAGACAAAGUGGCGAAUCCCACCGCCGAAGCUUUCAUCGAGCAGCUCUGUGUGGAGAAGAUCUUGCAGGGUGCCCUCUUCGUGGGCCACGUCAAAACCGACUUGGAUAGCAUCGCUGGAGCCAUUGGCGGUGCUUGCCUAUGGCAAGGGACGGCCACAAGGGCAGAGAGGGAUCUCAAUGGUGAAAUCAUGUAUGCAUUGAAAUGGGCAGGUUUGGAGGUGCCACCUUUCUUCGAUGAUCAUCCUGGUGCCGCCACACCAGAUGCGGAUGGCAAGCUGCUGCCAGUCUGUUUGGUGGAUCACAACGAGGACAAACAGAUGGUUCCCUCCUUGCGAGACGCCCCAGACCGCAAGAAGCGUAUCAUUGGGCUGAUUGACCACCACGCUUUGGCGGAGUCAAUGGCAUCAGAAAAGCCCGUCUUCAUGGACGUGAGGCCCUGGGGAUCCAUGAGCAGCAUCGUCACACACUCCUACAUUCGAGGCAACCGAAUGAUCCCAAAGCCUGUUGCGCGAAUUUUGCUUUGUGCGAUUCUGUCGGACACUUUGAACUUGCAGAGUGUCACUACCACAAAUGCAGAUCGUUUCCUGGUGACCGUCCUUUGCAUUCUGGGGGAGUGCGAAGAUCCUGAUGAGCUUGCUCGAGCCAUGUUCCGGGCGAAGACCGAAUGGAUUGUAGGACUUGGGGCCUAUGAGAUGACUCGAGGCGACCAGAAAGACUUCACAGCCAAUGGAUGGAAGGUGGGUAUUGCGGUUCUUGAGGUCACAGACACUGAGCCUGUUUUGAAGGUUGCCGAUGAGCUUUUGAUGGAGCUGCGAAUUCUUAAAGUUGAGAAGGGCGCCCUGAAGAACGGCGAACAUGACCGGCGGAAGGAACUGGACUUCGCGUAUUUGUUUGUGGUGGACGUGACACAGCAGAAGUCCUUCCUGCUGGUGGCGGGUGGUCGGGAGUUGGCGUUGGCCAAAGCAGCCUUUCCGGGACGUCCCUUGCGCGAGGCCAAGGUGGGGAUCCAAGCACCGGGGAAGACCAUCCAGGCCGCAGAGACCUUGAUGGAGGUGGGUGACAUCGUCUCGCGCAAAGCCCAGUUCGUGCCUGCCUUCUUCUCAGCGCUGAACUCGGGAUUCAGCUGCCACAAGCAGCCCAACAGCAGCAUCAGCGAGGAAAUUGCUGGCAUCAAGGAGGACGAUGAGGUUCAUGCAGCCAUUGAAGCCCUGCAGAAAGAAUCGAGCAAUGAGGGACCACUGUCCACAACGACGGGUCUGCCACUCACUGAGUGGGCAAAGCAGCGGGAGCUGCUGGCGCUAAAGUGCCGCGAAAGUCUCCUGCUGCUUGCCAAUGUUGCAGCGCAGGACAUUGCUCCUAGUUAUGAGGUGGUGAGACACUCAGACCCAAGAAGGCUUGGUGCCGAGGCCGAGCGUGUCCGCGUGUCCCCGGGUCUCGGUGUCGGUUUUGUGGCACUGGAAGCUCAACAUGGACAUGACCCCGUUGCCCGAAGAGCUUUGGAGGUAAGCCGUCGCCUCUUUGACUUUGCUGGCUUGACGGACUCCAUCGGUGGAGCAGCCAAGUGGUGUCAAGACACCGUGAGCCAGGUGUCAAACAAAGUGGUGGGUGUCCAAGAAGCGGCAUCUCUAAUUCAGAAUGCGAAUACCUAUAUUGGCGAGGGGAGCCAGUUGACAUCACAAGCGUGGAGUAGCAUGUUGGAGCUGGGAACAAAGAUGACUGGCGUUUACAAAGAUUUCAAGCCGCUGGAACCGGCUUUUGGGAGAGCUGGAGGUGCCAUGGAGUUGACGACCAACCAGGGCAUGUUGUCGCAACUGGUGCAUUGUGUGCGGUCCAUCAUCAGCAGCGACUUGGACUACUUGGAUUGCAACAGCAUUUUAGAUGUCCUGGGCACGUCCCUUGACAAAGCGCUGGGCAUUUUCUCUCAGAUCAAGGACACGAUCGUGAGUGUCGUCUCCAAACUCGGCGGUCGCAGGUUGAGAGAACUGGGACCAGAGGGACGACGUCUCUAUGACUACAACCAGCUUUUGGAGGGGAUCGACUUUGACUGGAUCUCCAGUAAGAUUUCUGGCUUUGUUGCGACCAUCAAGACGCAAGCAGAAAAUUUGGUGGAUAUUGACACUGUGCUGGGCCCGAUGUUGGCAAAGAUGGACAACACGGGUCAGGGUUGUCCGUCUAGCCUCAUGUCCGCUGGAAAGCCCUGCGCAUGUCCAGCAAUGGAAGUCCAAACCCUCGUCACUUGGUCGGUUGCGAGUGGGCUGCAUAGGAUGGCCACCAGCGCCUUGAAAUCCUUGGCGCGGACUCGUCGACGUGGCCAUGACGCGGUGCAACUGCUGGGUUUGAUGCUGCAGAGCAGGGUGGAGACCAACGUGGCACAUUUUUCCGCAGGCUUUGGUGCCUGUCAGAGCUGGGAUUUGGUAUUGGCAAUCCUGGAAAUGAUGCAGCAGGCCAAAGUGUCGCUGGAUGCCAUGGGGCUUGGUUCCGCGAUCCGUGCAUGUCGCAGAUCACCUGGACCCUGGCAGGUGGCAGUCAGCUUGUUCGCUAGUGCGCAAGAUGCUGCAUGCCACCCAGAUGUCAUCGCGCACAACAAUCUGCUGGCCGUAUAUCAGCGGAAAGCAGCAUGGCAAAGUGCUACCCUUCUGCUGGAAGAGAUGACCACUGGAUUCCUUCGCCUCGAUGUGGUUGGCUACAGCUCCCUGCUGGCGCCCUGCAGCUGGCAGUGGCCUCUGCAGGUCCUGCAGGCCAUGCGCCGCAGCAACCUGCGGCCCGAUGCCGUCAGCGUGGACGCCACCAUCACGGCGGCGCGCAGCUGGAGGGUGGCGCUGGAGCUGAUGGAAAGCCUGGGAGAGCCGGAGAUGGCAACUCGGCGGGUGACUUAUGGCGCUGCUCUAGCCGCUGUGGACUGUUGGCGCAUGGCUUUGGCCCUCUUCCGCGAGGCUUCGGAGCGACGUUUGGUAGAUGGUCUGUCGCGCACGUCUUUGAUGGUGGCUUUGGGGGAGCAUGGAGAGUGGCAGAGGUGUUUGGAGCUGCUGGCGGUCUUUGAGCCCGAUAGGGUGUGCUACAACGCUUGCAUGAGUGCGUGCGAGAGAAGUAGCCAGUGGGAAGCUUCAUUGAUGAUGUUCUCAGAGAUGCUGCAAAGGGACAUCUUUGAUGCAGUGAGCGUGACAACCGUCAUCUCCUCUAUGUCCAGAGGUCAGCUGUGGCAGUUGGCACUGGCCACUUUUAUGAAGAUCGCCAGGGGUCCCAGAAGCUCCGCUUCUCUCAGCGACGAGUGCUCCACGGCGCUGAUGAGCGCCUUCGCACGUGGCGGACAAUGGCAGAGAGCGGGGCAGCUGAUGGAGGAAAUGAGGCACCUGAACAUAAAGGUGAGCACGGAGUGCUGCAACGCUGCCAUGAAGGCCUGUGGAGAGGCCGCACAUUGGCCAACAUCUUUGCACCUCUUGACAUACAUGCAGUGGAGCGCAACACGUCGAAGUGUCAUCAGCCUGAACUCCGUCAUUGAUUCAUGCGCUCGAGGAAGCGAGUGGCAGUGGUCAGUGCUGCAGCUCACUCAAUCCAUUCAAGUGGAUGAGAUCAGUUUCAGCUCCAGCACGUCCUCCUUGGCGAAUUCCAAGCUUUGGAUGCGCGCUUUGGGGUUGUUGUGCACCAUGGCUUGCGGGGCCUUGAGGCCACACGAUGCCAUGUAUAAUUCAUUGACUGGUUCCUUGGAGAACUCUGGUCAAUGGCCUUUCGCAAGCUCACUUUUGGAAGAGAUGAUCUGCACGAGGGUGUUGGAUUGCAGUUCGCCCAUUUCGCCCAUUUCGUAUGCUCUGGUGCUCACCAGGCUGAGCGAAUCUCCCAGAUGUUGGGCCCGUUCUUUAGCCUUGGCAUCACGAAUGCCGACGCAAAAGAAGGAUGGUCGAUCCACGGUUGGAGCCAUAAGCCACAAGGCUUUGGUGACGGCUUGUGCGGCGGCUUUGGAGCAGGCGCCUGGCAAUGCCUCGACAUGGCGUUGGGCCGUGGAAGUCUUUGCUCCAAGUUCUGUGGCAGAUAUCCCUGCGACGGAGCAGUUGGCAAAUGGUCUGGGGCGUGUUUGGCAACACAGAUCCAUGGUGCGAGUGAUGGGGGCAAUGCCCUUUGAUGACUUGCUUCUGCGGCUGCGAGACGCGCAAAAGAAAUCGUGCUGA